CAAGAGCGUAAACCUGUUUUUCUGUGACCACGUGGUGUGUUUGGGUUUGGAUCGGGACUGUGGUUGCGGGUGUUUUGCUGAAAUCCCCGGAACCGAGCGGAGAAGAUGAAGUGUGAGGGGAUUGAGGGCUGUGAGAGGUUCCUCAGCCCAGGAAAAGGCCGUGGUGUUAGAGCAACCAAGCAUUUCGAGGUGGGAGACCUGGUCUUCGCGUGUCCGGCGUAUUGCUACGUGCUGACCGUGAAUGAAAGAGGGGCCCACUGCGAGUUCUGUUUCACCAGAAGGGAAGGUCUGUCCAAGUGUGGCAAGUGUAAGCAGGCCUAUUACUGCAACGUGGAAUGUCAGAAAGGCGACUGGUCCAUGCACAAGCUGGAGUGUUCCGCUAUGUGUUCCUACGGGGAAAACUGGUGUCCCUCGGAAACGGUGCGACUGGUCGCUAGGAUCAUCGUAAAACAGAAAGUCCAGACGGAGCCGACUCAGUCCGAAAGACUGUUAUCCCUGAAAGAGUUUGAAUCACAUAUGGACAAGAUCGACAACGAGAAAAACGAGAUGAACCAAACCGAUACCGCUGCACUCCAUCACUUUUAUUCGAAGUAUCUGGAUAUUCCAAGUAACGACGUCCUCACAGAACUGUUUGCGCAGGUGAACUGUAACGGUUUUACCAUCGAGGACGAGGAGUUGUCUCACUUGGGCUCGGCGGUCUUUCCAGAUGUUGCUUUGAUGAACCACAGCUGUAGUCCGAACGUGAUCGUGACUUAUAAGGGCACAGGAGCAGAGGUCCGUGCUGUUCAGAAAAUCAGCCCUGGAGAAGAGAUUUUCAACAGUUACAUUGACCUCCUUUAUCCCACUGAGGACCGAAUGGAGAGGCUGAAGGACUCAUACUUCUUUACCUGCGAUUGCACAGAAUGUACCACUAAAUCGAAGGACAAAGCCAAAAUGGAGAUUCGCCAGAAACUGAGUGCUCCUCCAGAGCCUGAAGAAGUUCAGAAAAUGGUGGUUUAUGCCAGGAACGUCAUCGAGGAAUUUAGAAGAGCCAAGCACUAUAAGACUCCCAGCGAGCUGCUCGAGAUCUGUGAGUUAAGUCUGGAGAAAAUGGGAUCCCUGUUUGUGGAGACCAACGUGUACAUGCUGCACAUGAUGUACCAGGCUAUGGGCGUGUGUCUCUACAUGCAGGACUGGGACGGAGCCCUGAAGUACGGCGAGAAAAUUGUGCAUCCCUACAGUGUGCAUUAUCCUCAGUACUCCCUCAACGUGGCUUCUAUGUACCUGAAGCUGGGAAGACUUUACAUGGGACUGGAGAAAAAAACGCAAGGGGUGAAGGCUUUACAAAAGGCUAUCGACAUCAUGAACAUCGCGUUUGGAAAAGAGCAUCAUUACGUUGCUGAGAUAAAAAAGGAAAUGGACGAGUGCGAGUAAACGACACAAAUUCGAGAAUGACUGUAUGGCAUGCAACUAAUACCUCUGCUUGGGAACCUUUUUCUCUUUUUUUUUUUUUUUUCUUUGACAGAUGAUUGCUGAUUUCGGUCCUUGAUAUCGAGGUGCUGGUUGUGUUCGUUGUCUGCACUAUGAAUAAAUAUGCACUGUUUGUUUGAGCAAGGGCUAAUCAAUUAAGAAUGACAUGUAAAUUGUCCUGAACAGCGUCUUCGUUAAAGACGCUCCUUUAACCUCUUUGCUGUACAGUUGCGUCGACUAUACCGGGGGGGGGCACGACUGUUUGUUCGGACACACCGGAUUUGAUUCCAGUCAUAAGAUAUAUGGAUGAAUAUUUAGCAUGAUUAAAGACAUGCAUGCUUGUUUUAAGAUGA